AUGCCUAGCACUUCAACUGCCAUCCGCCCGCCUUCUGGGGACCGGAUUCAAGUCCACAUUUUCAUCGACAAUUCUAACCUGUGGCUCCAAGGACAGAAAACAUACGCGACAAGAAGAAACUUGAGGGUUGAUUCCGACCCGACGUGGCGAUGCAACAUUCUUGGUCUGAAAGACGUCAUCAUGCAACAGUCUAGACUGCAUGUUGACGAGGACACCGAAGGAACCGACGUCAAAAUCAACCUGUAUGGAUCCACGCCUCACCCUGUUGAGACAGUUUUGAGCGGGAUUGAAUCAAAAGACAUCAAUGUCAUUACCUCUCGACGAAGCUCGUGGACUGGGCGCGAGAAAGAAGUAGACGCCAAAAUCAUCACCGACAUUGUGGACCAAGCAGCGGAAGCCUAUUAUAAAAAUAUUCGAAGCGAGUUUGUCUUGGUGUCCGGCGACAGAGACAUGCAUUUUCCAGUGGAGAAGGUUGCCACGAAGUACGGGCUUCCGGUGCAUGUGUGGUCGUGGGUGAACGGCCUCUCUGGGGCGUAUCUGCAAGAGAACGAUUCCCUCAUUCAGGUGUAUACCCUUGACGACUACCUCGAGGAAAUCGGCUACUGCGAAUCCACGUUCCACGUCGACCGGAACGUGAUCAACCCCCGCAGCAUUGUGGUCCUCGAUCCGUUGCCAAAGGCCAACGAUAUCGAAAAUUUUCUUGCCGGUUGGAGGGUUCCCACCCUUCGCUACGAAUUCGCAGACACGCGAGCCGAUGCGUCCAGCGGAGACCUCGCCAUUAUACCCGCUGCGGCCUGGAAGAUGACAGAUGACGAGCUGGAUUACCUCUUCCAGGCGGCCAAGACACAUCUUGAGACUCAUGGACUGCGUGUUAUCGCCUAUGCCGAGUACUUUCAACAUCAUAUCAAGGGUUCCAACGCUGAACUCGUCAUCUCAAACCGAUUCCAUGAGUUGCCCCAAGAACACUGCAAGGGAGGAGAAAGCAGCGGAGACAACGAGAAAGACGACAGCGAAGAUAGCUUCACCACCGUGGAUCGCUAUUCUCGACAAAAGAAAAGACGAAUACAAAAUGACGAGCGAAAGUCGCGUAAACAAUGCAUUUGGGGAAAGUACUGCAAGAAAGGCCGCGACUGUAAGUAUGGCCACACCAAAAAUGAGGAGGACAUGUUCAAGGUCUACGGUCCGUUGCCAGUGAGGAAAUUCAAGUACUGUCAGAGGGAUGACUGCAUUCGAGGGGCUGCAUGCACCUUUGCGCACGACGAGGCAGAAUUGCUGUGUCCUACUUGUGGCGAGACAGGGGUCGGGCAUGAAAUGACCAAUUGUCCCAGGAGUCCCCGCAACAAAUAUCGUAGGUAA